UGUUUUUUGUUGUAACUUUUCCGGGAACAUGAUCGGACGUGCGUAAAAACGUCGAGAAUAAGUUGCGCGCCGGGUUUGGAGAAUUUAAAAUAUUAUAAUUGUUUGAUUGUGAUUGAAAUUGAUUUACAUUAAAUUUUAAUUGGAAGAAUUAGUACAGAGUGUCAAAAACUGAUACAGUGUUGUGCAAGUGUGUGUGUGUGUGUGCUGGAAGUGCGUGAAAAAAAGCAGCAAAGGGGAAUGAGAAAAACAUCAACAAUGCCAGUUUGAACAGCAACCAAAGGCAGGAAGAGAAGGAAAAUAGAGAAAUAAGUGCGGCAAAAGCAAAGGAAGGAUUAGAAAUUCCUUCGAGAAAUAAGUAAAUAACCAAAAGAAAACUACAGUUUGAGCCAUGCAGCAGGCAGCACAAUCGCAGGUGGCGUCACCAUCUCCGCCAGAUUUUGAUUUCCAGAUGCCGUGCCGCUAUUUCAAAAGUUCUUUUGCGCGUUCGCUUUCGCUGAAUGGCGCCGGCAGUGGUGCAGGCGGUGGCAGCGCAGCCUUGGCAUUGUCCAAGAACAAGAAACCGCAGACAAACGAGGUCACGCAGCAGCAGCAGCAGCAACAACAGCAGAGGCAAAAGCAAAGGCAGAAUAAGGAACAGCCGAUAGAUGCAGCGGUGGAGCGGGAGGGAGAACUGGAAUCAUCCUGUUGUUCUACGCCGCCUCCGGCUCUGCCAGCGCGACGUCACACGUCUGGCCACAACAACAACAACAACAACUUGAUGCAUUUCAGCAGCGCUGCCGCUAAUCAGCUGCUGCUCUCUCCACUGCCAGCUCCAAUGCAGACCCAGAGGAAUCUCAAUCAUGUCUGGCCAAUGCAGCAGCCGCAGGCGUCGGAGUCGUCGCAGGAUUCCAGCAGCACCAGUAACAUCAUGACGGUGAGAGCUGCCGCACCCAGCUGCCACAGCCACCAAAGCCAGAGCUACCACAACCACUAUGACUUGCAAACACAGCAGCAGCAGCAGCCAAUGCAACAACAGCAACAACAGCAUCCACUAAAUGUCGAGGCUGUCAUAUUGCAGAAUCAGGUGGAUACGUUGCAUUGGCAAUUGAAACAGACCGAAACCAAUUGUGAGAUGUACCGCGCUGUCAUGGAGGAAGUGGCACGUUUCUUCGAGCGCUACCAGCAGCAGCUGCAUCUGCAGCAAGCCCAUCGAAACGGGGAGCAAAUCGCUCGCUCCAAGAGUCUGCACCAUGUGCACGGAUUGGGACACGGCUCCAUUGGCUCAAUUGGCUCCUCGCUUCAGAGUGACCAGCGGGAUCCGCUGCUCCUCCACGAUGAGGAUGCCGUAUCCGCCUCGUAUCUGCGUGCCAGAAGCAGCACCAAUCUUAUGCUCAACAAAUCGAUGCAUGCGAUGAACGAGGAGCACAACUACGAGCCGAUUGCUCCAGCCGGCAGCUACAAUGCCUUCAAGGAUUUCACAUGGCGACGCUCUCCUAAGAAAACUGGAGUCUGCAAGGCCCGCCUGUCCGCCCCAGAGGUCGCCGAGGAGAAGCUGAACCAGGAGGCCUUCCGCCUGGCACGCACCAUCAGAAAUCUGCUGCACACUUCCGAGCAGCAGCCGGAUCUCACGCAGCCGCGUCACUCGCUGGCCUCUGGGAACGGAAGCCACAUGCCGCAUCUCCAUCGCCUGUGCAAAGCGAAGACCAGCUCCGUGAUGACGCUCCUCCAGACGCCCUCGCGGCACAACUCCACGAGCAUCAUGAAUGCCACCAUGGAUGUGUCCUCGCCCACCCACUCGGCCGCAACAGCUGGUAAAUCGCAUGCGGAGAUGCUCUUUCUGCGGGCCAAUACCAUGCGAGACUCGCGCCUCUCGCUGCGCAGCUCCACCGAUAGUUCUGUGCAUUCCACCAUCUCCUCGACGGCCUCCUCCACCUCUUCGAAGAUCGAAACGGAUGAGGAUACCAACAACAACAACAGCAACACGAACAACAGCAACAACAACAACAACUUGACCACAACCGCCAGCAGCACCGCAGCCACAGAAACAGCCAUCAGCCACAACAACAAGAAACCACAGCCCACCGCCAAUGGAGGAGGAUCGAGCAGCACAGAGGAUGAGAGUGGCUUCAGUUCGAUCAGCUCAUUUCACGACGUGGGCCUGCCCCUGAGCUCCACUCUGAUUGGAGGCGGAGGAAUCGAUCAUCAGAGGCGUCUCUCUGUCUCCACAACAGACAGCCGCAAUUCGACGCUCAAGUCGGGGUCCCUGAAUGUCCUGGGGCUUCCCCUCCAGCAGACUACGACUCUAAAUCAGAAUCAGAUUCAGAAUACCCAGCAGACCAAUACAACAACGCAGCCCUCGAAGACGACGUACAGGAAUGCCGGUCGCUAUCAGCGCUUCUCUACCCUGUCGAAUGAGGAUGCAGCUGCUGUGCUGUGGGUCUGAAGCGGCCCAGUCCCCCAUAUCAAGAUUAUUAUUGUGUGUAGUGUGUGUGCCUCUCUCUUGUUCAGAUGUUAUGCUUAUGCCCUAGAGAGAAGAGAGAACAUUUGAGUUUGAAUCGAUGUUCGAUUUGAUGUAUUCUUUAUGUUAUUAGAAAGGAAGGAAGGAACGAUCGCAUUUUUUAUGUUAACAUUUCAUGUAAAUUUCAUUUUAAGUAAGUCUUAGAGUACAUAUAAAUAAAAU